CGCAGACAGCAAAGUGGAGGGGAGGGACUUCAGUCUCUGGAGUCACUGGAGAGAAGUAGUAGCAGUAGUAGGAGAGAUAAAUCAGUUGUACAACAGAGAGCUUUGGUGAAAAAGCUGCCAGUAGCUUCUUGCCACCUCUGUCUGAAGAUGGACACACCAGAAGGAGCUGAACUCUGCUUUCCACAACUCCUCAACAGUUCCUGCAGGAAACCCAUGCCGCUUCAGUCCGAUGGCAUGCUUGUUCUCAUUCUGCUGUCUUUCAUUUCUCUGCUCACUGCAGCUCUCAACAUGCUGGUCAUCAUCUCUAUCUCCCACUUCAGGCAGCUCCACAGCCCCACCAACCUCCUCCUCCUCUCCCUGGCUGUCUCAGACCUCCUUGUGGGCCUCCUGCUGAUGCCGGUUGACAUCCUCUUAACAGAGGCUUGCUGGUUCCUGGGUGACCUCAUGUGUGCUCUGUAUUAUGUUGUAGAUUUUAUCAUUACCUCUUCUUCGGUUGGAAAUAUGGUGCUCAUAUCAAUUGAUCGUUAUUUGGCUAUUUGUGACCCUCUACAUUACACCACAAGAGUUACUAUGGACAGAACAAAAAUCUGUGUUUGCCUGUGUUGGAUUUGCUCUAUUCUCUAUAACAGUCUCAUUUUACAGGACUUUUUGAGACAACCUGAUUCACAGAAUUCCUGCUAUGGAGAGUGUGUAGUUGUCCUUAACCAUAUCACAGGAAAUGUUGACUUUGUCUUCACCUUUAUCGGCCCAAUUACUGUCAUCAUAGUUCUGUAUAUGAGAGUAUUUGUGGUGGCUGUGACUCAGGCUCGUGCCAUGCGGUCCCACAUUGCAGCGGUCACUCUACAUCGUCCAGUGGCUGUAACUGCUAAGAAAUCUGAGAUGAAAGCAGCCAGGACUCUUGGUGUUGUUGUAGUUGUGUUUCUGAUAUGUUUCUGUCCAUAUUAUUCUCCAUCCCUUAUAGGUGAAGAAAUUGAAGACAGUAGUUCGUCCUCAACAUUUGUAGUCUGGUUGCUGUAUUUCAACUCCUGUCUUAACCCUGUGAUCUAUGCCUUUUUUUACCCCUGGUUUAGAAAAUCGAUUAAACUCAUAGUUACUCUUAAAAUACUGCAACCUGACUCUUGUGAUACUAAAAUACUGUAG